GUGUGUGUGUGUGUGUGUGUGUCGCAGCAUAAACUCCCAUACGACGUCAUCUUCUCCCUCUUUCACCUCCUCGAGUGCAGAAGCGGAGGAUCGCAGAUCCACAACCGAGGCGGUCUCACACCGGACAGCCCUUUCGCCAAAAUGGUGAACUUCACAGUAGACCAGAUUCGUGAGAUCAUGGACAAAAAGUCCAACAUUAGGAACAUGUCCGUGAUCGCUCAUGUGGACCAUGGCAAAUCUACUCUCACUGACUCUUUAGUGUGCAAAGCAGGUAUCAUUGCCUCCGCACGAGCUGGUGAGACCAGGUUCACGGACACGAGGAAGGAUGAACAGGAGAGGUGCAUCACCAUCAAGUCGACAGCUAUCUCUCUGUACUACGAGCUCAGCGACAAUGACUUGGCCUUCAUCAAGCAGUGCAAGGAUGGAUCUGGUUUUCUCAUAAACCUGAUCGACUCUCCUGGUCACGUGGACUUCUCGUCCGAGGUGACGGCAGCUCUGAGAGUUACUGAUGGGGCUCUCGUAGUAGUAGACUGUGUAUCAGGUGUGUGUGUGCAGACCGAAACCGUCCUGAGGCAGGCUAUUGCCGAACGCAUUAAACCAGUCUUGAUGAUGAACAAAAUGGACCGUGCCUUGCUUGAGCUGCAGCUGGAUCCGGAUGAGCUUUUUCAGACCUUCCAGCGCAUCGUAGAGAAUGUCAAUGUCAUCAUCUCCACUUAUGGUGAAGGAGAGCAUGGACCAAUGGGCAACAUUAUGGUGGACCCUGUUGCUGGUACAGUUGGAUUUGGUUCAGGCCUCCAUGGUUGGGCUUUUACUCUUAAGCAGUUUGCUGAGAUGUAUGUUGCCAAGUUUGCUGCCAAAGGUGAAAAGAAAAAAGGAAAUGUCUCUCCUGAAGAGCGCUGCAAAAAGGUGGAAGAAAUGAUGAAAAAGCUCUGGGGAGAUAAGUAUUUUGAUCCUUCCUGUGGAAAAUUCAGCAAAACAGCAGCCAAUGCAGAGGGGAAAAAACUCCCACGCACUUUCUGCCAACUUGUGUUGGAUCCAAUUUUUAAGGUGUUUGAUGCCAUCAUGAACUUUAAGAAAGAGGAGACACAGAAAUUGAUUGAAAAACUGAACAUUAAGCUUGAUGUUGAAGAUAGAGAGAAAGAAGGAAAACAGCUGCUUAAGGCUGUGAUGCGCCGCUGGUUGCCUGCAGGUGAUGCAUUGCUCCAAAUGAUUACAAUACAUCUACCUUCACCGGUAACAGCGCAGAAAUAUCGGUGUGAGCUGCUCUAUGAAGGCCCAUUAGAUGAUGAAUCAGCAAUGGGUAUCAAGAACUGUGAUCCUAAAGGUCCACUAAUGAUGUAUAUCUCCAAAAUGGUACCAACUACUGACAAGGGCAGAUUCUAUGCUUUUGGUCGUGUUUUCUCUGGUAUUGUUGCCACGGGGCAGAAAGUACGCAUCAUGGGCCCAAAUUAUACACCAGGAAAGAAGGAGGACUUGUACUUGAAACCCAUUCAAAGAACCAUCCUGAUGAUGGGUCGUUAUGUUGAGCCCAUUGAAGAUGUGCCAUGCGGGAACAUUGUUGGACUGGUUGGAGUUGAUCAGUUUUUGGUGAAGACUGGUACCAUUACCACCUAUGAGCAUGCUCACAACUUGCGAGUGAUGAAGUUCAGCGUUAGUCCUGUAGUGAGAGUGGCCGUUGAGGCUAAGAACCCAGCUGACCUUCCAAAGCUGGUAGAGGGUCUGAAACGACUGGCAAAGUCUGACCCUAUGGUUCAGUGCAUCAUUGAAGAGUCUGGUGAGCACAUUGUGGCUGGAGCAGGAGAACUACAUCUGGAAAUUUGCUUAAAAGAUCUUGAGGAAGAUCAUGCCUGUAUCCCCCUGAAGAAAUCAGAUCCAGUGGUGUCAUAUCGUGAAACAGUGAGCGAUGAUUCUGACCAAGUAUGCUUGUCCAAAUCUCCUAACAAGCACAACCGUCUGUACAUGAAGGCUCGUCCUUUCCCAGAUGGCUUGGCUGAGGAUGUUGAUAAGGGAGAUGUGACAGCAAGGCAAGAACUCAAACUGAGAGCUCGCUACCUGGCUGAAAAGUAUGAAUGGGAGGUCACAGAGGCUCGUAAGAUAUGGUGCUUUGGACCAGAUGGCAAUGGACCCAACAUUCUUGUGGACAUAACCAAAGGAGUACAAUAUCUGAAUGAGAUCAAGGAUAGCGUGGUGGCUGGGUUUCAGUGGGCAACCAAGGAGGGGGCACUUUGUGAGGAGAACAUGAGGGCAGUGCGAUUUGACAUCCAUGAUGUCACUUUGCAUGCUGAUGCGAUACACAGGGGAGGUGGCCAGAUCAUCCCUACAGCCCGUAGAGUGCUGUACGCCUCAGUGCUGACUGCACAGCCACGACUAAUGGAACCCAUUUACCUGGUGGAGAUUCAGUGUCCAGAACAAGUUGUCGGUGGUAUCUAUGGUGUUCUGAACAGAAAAAGAGGCCAUGUUUAUGAGGAGUCACAAGUGGCAGGAACACCUAUAUUUGUCGUGAAGGCAUAUCUUCCUGUGAAUGAAUCAUUUGGUUUCACAGCAGAUCUAAGGUCCAAUACAGGUGGCCAGGCCUUCCCUCAGUGCGUGUUUGACCACUGGCAAAUCCUUCCUGGAGACCCGUAUGAUGCCAACAGCAGGCCUUCGCAGGUCAUAGCCGAGACCCGCAAGCGCAAGGGCCUAAAGGAGGGCAUCCCAGCUUUAGACAACUUCCUGGACAAACUGUAAUUUCUCUCAAGACUAAAGGCUAAAAGAACAUUUAGUGAUUCGGUAGCCCUCAUUCUUUGUGUUGCACAUUUAUGAGCCUAAGUAUAUGAAAAUAUUACAUGUACAAUAAAAUAAAUAAGAUUACUACUGUCGAAGUUCACAGCAAAUAAAAACUGAGCACCUCACAUUG